CUUCCAACGCUUCUUCACUUUCAAUCCUAGUCCAUCUACGAAUCAAUCCUCACGAUGUCGACCGCCGCGAAGCUAACGCUCGGAGGUACUAUCGUCAGUGCCAUUGGCAUUGUGAUAUUCGUGCAUCGCCAGCAAAAAAUUGAUCAAGCACUCAUGCAUGCUGGUGUUAUACGCGAUAUGGAACAACAAAGGAUCAAAAGAGAACGACAGGCAGAUUUUGAGAUGCAGCGGCAGUUGGAGGAGCAAUACAAAAAGCUGCAGAAUGUCAGCGACAGCACAGAUGGACAAGUCAAGGCCCGGUGAAGCCAGCAUGGACACAUACACCUAUGGGCGCCUAUUGCGAGAUCGAGAGGUACAAUUGGCGUGAGAGGGGACACUUUGAGGCCUCAGAGGAUGAAUGAGCAUCAGAUCCGCGCCAGCGGUGACCUGUAAGAUCCACACAAGCCGUACAGAAGGAGGCGCGUGGCAGCAUCGACUGCACUA